GACAGGCAGCAGCUCCCACAGACAUGUUGGUUCAAGGCAACAGAGUAAAAAGAAAAGACUGAAACCCUCUGCUUGAAACUAAACCAAAACCACAGCAGGGCAGUUCAGAUCAGGCAGAACCUGAAACCUUUGGCACAGAACACAGCCGAUAUUAGGCCAUACAAGAACAGCUCGCACAGUAAACAACAGCAGACGACAGUGAGGGACAGACCUAGGUGGGAAUUGAGGAUCUCUGACGAGACAAAGGAGAGCAAUCAUGCCAGGCUCAGGAGGAACAGACCCAAAAGGAGAAGAUUUCUCCACGGCCAUCCUGAAGCAGAAACACAGACCGAACAGACUCAUUGUGGACGAAGCUCUCAAUGAAGACUGCAGCAUCGUCAGCCUGUCACAGAAUAAGACCGAGGAGCUGCAGCUCUUCCGGGGCGACACGGUGGUGUUGAAAGGGAAGAAGCGUCGCCAAGCGGUGUGCAUCGUCCUGACUGAUGACACCUGUGGGCAUGAACGAAUCCGCAUGAAUCGUGUGACGCGCAACAACCUGCGUGUCCGACUCGGUGAUGUCAUCAGUAUUCAUGCCUGCCCUGAUAUCAAGUAUGGGAAAAGGAUCCAUGUCCUCCCUAUAGAUGACACCGUUCAGGGCCUGACGGGAAGCCUCUUUGACGUUUUCCUCAAGCCGUAUUUUCUGGAGUCUUACCGGCCCAUACAUGAAGGUGACAUCUUCUUGGUGAGGGGGAGCAUGCGGGCGGUGGAGUUCAAGGUGGUGGAGACCGACCCCAGCCCUCACUGCAUUGUUGCACCAGACACUGUCAUCUACUGCGAGGGAGAGCCAAUCAAAAGAGAGGACGAGGAGGAGAGCCUUAAUGACAUCGGAUACGACGACAUCGGAGGCUGUCGGAAGCAGCUGGCCCAGAUCAAAGAGAUGGUGGAGCUUCCUCUCAGACACCCCGGGCUUUUCAAGGCUAUAGGAGUUAAGCCCCCCAGAGGUAUUCUGCUCUACGGCCCUGCAGGCACAGGGAAGACCCUGGUGGCCCGGGCUGUAGCCAACGAAACUGGCGCCUUCUUCUUCCUCAUCAACGGUCCGGAGAUCAUGAGCAAGCUGGCGGGAGAGUCAGAGAGCAACCUAAGAAAGGCGUUUGAGGAGGCGGAGAAAAACGCUCCGGCCAUCAUCUUUAUUGAUGAGCUGGACGCCAUCGCUCCCAAGAGAGAGAAGACCCAUGGUGAAGUGGAGAGGCGUAUUGUCUCGCAGCUCCUAACCCUGAUGGAUGGCCUGAAGCAAAGAGCUCAUGUUGUUGUCAUGGCAGCCACAAACCGACCAAACAGCGUGGACCCUGCUCUGAGACGCUUUGGCAGGUUUGACCGGGAGAUUGACAUCGGAAUCCCUGAUUCGACCGGCAGACUGGAGAUCUUGCAGAUUCACACCAAAAACAUGAAACUCGGUGGCGACAUCGACCUGGAGAGGAUUGCCAAAGAGACCCACGGUCAUGUGGGCGCCGACAUGGCUGCUCUGUGCUCAGAAGCUGCUCUGCAAGCCAUCCGCAAGAAGCUAACCCUCAUAGACCUGGAGGACGACUCCAUCGAUGCUGACCUGCUCAACUCACUGGCUGUCACCAUGGAUGACUUCCAGUGGGCGCUGAGUCAGAGCAACCCCUCAGCUCUGAGAGAGACCAUUGCAGAGGUGCCUCAGGUGAACUGGGAGGACGUCGGAGGACUGGAGGAGGUCAAGAGAGAACUGCAAGAGCUCGUUCAGUACCCGGUCGAGUAUCCGGACAAGUUCUUGAAGUUUGGUAUGACUCCGUCUCGGGGAGUGUUGUUCUACGGCCCUCCGGGCUGUGGGAAAACCCUGCUGGCUAAAGCCAUCGCCAACGAGUGCCAAGCAAACUUCAUCUCCAUCAAAGGACCCGAGAUGCUCACCAUGUGGUUUGGAGAAUCGGAGGCCAAUGUCAGAGACGUGUUUGAUAAGGCCAGACAGGCCGCCCCCUGCAUCUUGUUUUUCGACGAGUUAGACUCUAUUGCCAAAUCCAGAGGAGGCGGAGGUGGGGAUGGAAGCGGUGCAGCUGACAGAGUCAUCAACCAGAUACUCACAGAGAUGGACGGCAUGUCGGACAAAAAGAAUGUUUUCAUUAUUGGUGCCACAAACAGGCCAGACAUCAUAGACGCUGCCAUCCUGCGGCCGGGCCGUUUGGACCAGCUCAUCUACAUCCCGCUCCCAGACAAACCGUCUCGCACAGCAAUCCUAAACGCCAACCUCCGCAAGUCCCCUAUCGCACAAGAUGUGAACCUGGACUACCUGUCUGGCAUCACAGAGGGUUUCUCCGGCGCUGACCUGACAGAGAUCUGCCAGCGGGCCUGUAAGAUGGCCAUCCGUGAGGCCAUCGAGGCCGAGAUCAAGGCUGAGCGUGAGAGGCAGAACAGACCAGGCAUCCCCAUGGAUGAGGACUUUGAUCCAGUCCCAGAGAUCAGGAAGGACCACUUUGAAGAGGCGAUGCGAUACGCUCGCCGCUCUGUCAGUGACAAUGACAUCCGCAAAUAUGAAAUGUUUUCUCAAACUCUGCAGCAGAGCCGAGGUUUUGGAGACUUCAGGUUCCCCUCUGCUACUGGUACCCAGUCUGGAGGUCAGAGGUCAGGCUCUGGGUCAGAGAGGCCAGACCCGCAGAGAGAGGAAGGCAAUGAUGAUCUCUAUCAGUGACAAAAUUCAUCAUGCAGUUGAAUAAGUGCACAAUGUUUUCCUCUUCCACUGCUGUGCUUGGCUUCCUUGGAGGAAUUAAAUAAUGGGAGUGGAAAUGACAAGAUACAAAGGGAAAAACAUGGGGAAAUAAUAGUAACAAUAAUUAUAAGAAAUCUUUUUUUAAAUACUUUUAAAAAAUGUGAUUCAAACAGAAAAUCAGAUGAAAAAUGUCUGUCUAGAAAUUAACCUAUACUAUAUAUAUAUAAUAUGUAAAAAAACAACUUGUAAGACGGUGGCUCUGAGAUAAAAUAAUAAAUGUGUCAACCAUUAUAACGAAUAAUAAUAAUCAAAGCUUCGGGUUUUCAUACUGUAAUCAGUUUGCACUUUGAAAGUUAUGUAAAUUGUGUGUAUGUGAGAGUUUAAAAUGUGAUAAAUAAAUAUAUUUGUAAGCCUC